UUAUUUCAAUAGAAAAUCAAGGGGAGUAUUAGCCAGAAACUUAUGAUCAGGUUCUUUGUAUUCCCUGGAGAAGGAGACUAAACAGUAAGAAGAAGCAUGUCGACAAGAGCCAGAAAGCGUUGGCAUGUGAGCUAUCGAGCAAUCUAUGCCAGCCGGGCCAUGGGAUCUCUUAUUGUGUCCAAAACCGAUUGUAAUGAAAAUGAUAAUUCUCAGUCUGUUACCUCACUCUUACACUCUUCCAGUGCUACUGCCUCCUUUGCAGUCGAUGGUUCAGAUAUUUCCCAACUUGGAAUCCAAGACAAUUCCCCUCAAAACAUCUUUGUCCCCAACGUUGACCGACAGGCACUCAUGAACAUCGUCAAGAACAAAGACAUGGAAGCUCUAAAUGAGCUUGGAGGAGUUGAAGGAGUGGCAUCCUCUCUAGGAACUAUUUUUGACAACGGAAUCCUAGACAAUGAUCAAUAUAUCAACAAGCGGCGUGACAUGUUUGGUUCAAAUACUUGCAUUGAGAUACCCCAAAAAGGUUUCCUUUAUUUUGUUCACGAUGCUUUGAAAGACAUCACUAUUCUAAUCCUACUGGCCCUGGCAGCUCUUUCAUUUGGGUUUGGAUUUGGAAUCAAACAUGGAAAAUGGACUGGCUGGUAUGAUGGUCUUGGUAUCUUUAUUGCUGUGCUUAUUGUUGUUGUUUGUUGUGCUCUCAGAGACUUGAAACAAGAGAUAGAGUUCCAUAAUUUGUCUAAAUUUAGUGAAGAUAAGAAGAUUGAAGUCAUCAGAGGGGGAAGGCGAAAAGAAAUCUCUGUCUUUGAUGUUGUAGUUGGAGAUAUUGUGCUGCUUAAAAUAGGUGACCAAGUUCCAGCAGAUGGAUUGUUUAUAAAUGGGCAUUCUUUGCAAGUAGAUGAGUCAAGCAUCACAGGGGAGAGUAUGCCCAUCCAGAUUGAUUCAACUGAGAAUCCUUUUUUGUUAUCCGGUUCAAAAGUUUUAGAUGGCUAUGCAAAUAUGCUGGUGACGUCUGUGGUGACUAACGCAGAUUCGGCAGGACUGAUGUGCCCGCCUUCUUCAUGCAGUUCGACCAAUCCAACAACUUUACAAGAUCAUCUAGACAAAAUAGCUUCUUCAGUUGAGAAGGUAGGUCUCAUUGUUGCUUAUGUGUUUCUUCUAGUCAUGGGAAUUCGUUAUUUCACAGGGAAUACAACUGAUGAGGAUGGAAAUAGUGAGUACCAUGGCAGCAAAACAGAUGCACAUGAAGUUGUAACUGGAGUGGUGAAAUUUGUUGCGACAGCAGUUGCUACCACUGUGGUGGCAGGCCCAAAAGGUUUGCAUAUGGCUUUCAAACUAACACUAGCUUGCUUUGUGAAGACAAUGAUAACGGACCAGGCAUUUAUAAGGAACCUAUCAGCUUGUGAGACAAUUGGCUUUGCUACUACUAUUUGUACUGAUAAAACUGGAAUCUUGACUAUGAAUCAAAUGAAAGUAGUUGAGUUUUGGCUCGGGCAAGAUCUCAUUGUUCCUUCCAAUAACAUAACACCGAGUGUGCGCGAAUUAUUUUACCAAGGAGUUGCUGUGAACACUACAGGUAGUAUAUACAAACCUGUAUCAGGUUCUGAACCUGAAUUUUCUGGUAGUCCAACAGAGAAAGCUAUUCUGUCUUGGGCUUCUCUUGAGCUGGGAUUGGACAUGGACAAACUGAAAAGUGAUUACAAGGUUCUACGUGUUAAGACGUUUAACUCAGAGAAGAAGAAAAGUGGGGUUCUGUUGAGGAAGAACGUCGAAAGCACCAUGUACGUUCACUGGAAGGGAGCUGCAGAGAUGGUACUAGAAAAGUGCUCAAGUUAUCAUGACAGUGAUGGAACCGUAAAGUCCUUGGACGAAGAUGCACGGAGUAAAAUUGAGAAAAUAAUCGAGGGCAUGGCAGCUAGUAGCCUCCGAUGCAUUGCUUUUGCUCACCGCCAAAUUUCAGAAGAAGAAAUGGAAUACACUGAUGACAACAAGACCCAACCAAAGCUUAAAGAAGAUGGUCUAACCUUGCUUGGUGUAGUUGGCCUCAAAGACCCAUGUCGACCAGGAGUUAAGCAAGCAGUGGAAACCUGCAAAUCUGCGGGAGUCGCUAUCAAAUUGAUCACAGGAGACAACAUUUUCACAGCCAAAGCUAUAGCUACUGAGUGUGGAAUACUAGAGCCCCAUGAUCAGCAAAUUGAUGGGGAAGUAAUAGAAGGUGCAGAGUUUCGAAACUACACAGACGAACAGAGAAUGAAGAAGAUUGACAACAUACGUGUGAUGGCAAGGUCCUCUCCAUCUGACAAGCUUUUGAUGGUACAGUGUCUGAAACAGAGAGGUCAUGUGGUUGCAGCGACUGGAGAUGGCAUUAAUGAUGCUCCUACCUUGCUUGAAGCUAACAUAGGAAUUUCUAUGCGGAUACAAGGCACUGAAGUGGCCAAACAGAGUUCAGAUGCAGUCAUCCACGAUAACUUCGCUUCUAUUGUCAAAACUGUGAGCUGGGGACGAUCAAUUUACAGCCGCAUUCAAAACUUCAUCCAGUUUCAACUGACUGUGAACGUUACAGCUCUAGCUAUUAACUUUUUUGCAGCUGUUUCACUUGGUGAGAUUCCAUUUACAGCUGCGCAACUGUUGUGGGUUAAUCUGAUUAUGGACAUUUUAGGUGCUCUGGCUCUACUCACAGAACGACCGAGUCAUGAUGAGCUAAUGUACAAGCCACCAUUACCAGGUCAGAUGGAGCCCUUGAUAACAAGCAGCAUGUGGAGGAACAUUUUGGCUCAAUCUGUAUAUCAAAUAACCAUCCUUUUGAUCUUAAAUUUUAAGGGUAAGUCAAUCUUUCAUGUCUCUGAAGAGGUUAAAAACACAAUGGUUUGGAAUGCUUUUGUGCUCUGCCAACUCUUAAACAUGUUUAAUUCAAGAAGUACUGACAAGCAGAAUGUGUUCAAGGAUAUUCACAGACACCAUCUAUUUUUGGGAGUGGUUGGGAUAACUGUUGUUCUACAGUUUGUAAUGAACGUGCUUCUUAACAAGCUUGCAAACACAACAAGUCUUAAUGGGUUCCAGUGGCUGUCUUGUGCACUAAUAGCAGCCCCAACAAUUCCCCUUGGUUGGUUUGUAAAAUCAAUACUUAUUUCAGAUAGAGACCUUGAGAAACUGAAGAAAGCAGUUAUGACUUCCGUAAUCGGCGUAGUUGUUACCGCGGUCGUAAAUGCCCUCUAUAAUUUACACAAGAAAUCUAACUGAGCUAGCUACUCCACUCCAUUAGUACUUGCCGGGGAUUUGUAACAGUUGUGUCACCCUGAUUAUAUGAGCCCUAUGACAGGAGAAAUCUGGUCGAGCACAGCACUGGCGAGUUCCUGAUGCAGUUUAAUGUAGGAGCACAGUACUUACUCAGUUGCUAGACAAUGGGAAGUUAGUGAGAGCUUCCAUGGAGAAUGAGGUUCUUAGUUAGUGUGACUAUUUUAAUAAACAUGGUGAUUAUACCAUUGGAGUUUCCGGAUGAUCAUCCAAGAUCCACUUGUAAGAUAUGGUUCGUGAAAAUCUUAUUAGCUGCAGAAGGUAUUGAUGUUGUUGUAUGUAAUUUAAUCCAAUUAAACAGACAAAUUCAAACAAAUCUUAAAAUAUAUACAAAUAAAUUAGAUA